CCUAGUCCAAGCCCUAAAUCCAGAAUAAAUAUCAGCCCUAGUCCGAGUCCUAAACCUAGAGUAGCCCUAAAUCCAAGUCCCAGCCACAGCACUAGCUCUACAGCAAGUUGCAGCAGACCAUCCAAGGCCUUCGACAGGUGGUCCUACCUGAAAGCUAAAAGCUAUGCCAGUCUCACAUCACUCCAGAGAGACAACCGGAGUAGCCCAUCCACCCUUACAGACCCACCUUCAACCUUUCCCAUCACCCCCUCAAGCCCUCUCUACACCAACACUGACAGCCUGACCGUCCACACACCCAUUAAGAGAAAACGGGGACGACCCAAGAAGCAGCCACUGCUGACUGUGGAGACCAUCCACGAGGGCACCUCAACAUCUCCACCAAGCCCUCUUUCACAAAAAACAUCAGCAGGACUCAACAGCAGGACAAAAACACACACGCUAGCACAAAUGGCAUCCACACCCACC